AUGUCCUGCUACAUCUACCAGCUUCCCGCCUGGGUGCUGGACGACCUGUGCCGCAACAUGGACACCCUCAGCGAGUGGGACUGGAUGCAGUUCGCCUCCUAUGUGAUCACGGACCUGACCCAGCUGCGGAAGAUCAAGUCCAUGGAGCGAGUACAGGGUGUGAGCAUCACCCGGGAGCUGCUGUGGUGGUGGAGCAUGCGACAGGCCACCGUCCAGCAGCUUGUGGACCUCCUACACCACCUGCAGCUCUACCGUGCCGCCCAGAUCAUCCUUAACUGGAAAUCAGUUCCUGAACUCAAGUCUCCUAUUCCCUUCCCGGAGACUGUGAAGCCGGGAAGGCCUUUGGAAGCUUCUGCGAGGAACACCACAGAUGCACAGGAGCAGCCGGCUGCCUUCCCAGGCUCCACGCCAGCCAGAGCUACCCAGCAGUCCUUUCCCAUGCCUCUUUCUGAAGGAGAUGCCCAAUCCUUAAAAACCAACCAUUCUGCUUCAUCUGAUUCAAAGGAUUUCAGCACCUCUCUUCCUAAACAGGAACAACUUUUGAGCUUGGCUGGAAAGAGCCUUUUCUGGAGUGAGGAGGACGUGGUCCAGGCCACCAACGACUUCAGCCAAAACCACAAAAUCAGUGAGGGUACCUUUGCUGUCAACUACAGAGGGCAAAGGCAUGGCAUGCCAUUUGUUUUCAAGAAGCUCAGUGAGGUGGCCUGUGCAAGCCCAGGAUCAAUUGAAAGAUUUUUCCAGGUGGAGAUGCAGGUUUGUCUUAGAUGCUGCCACCCCAAUAUCUUACCUCUGCUUGGCUUCUGCACUGGAAGAGUGUUUCACGGAUUGAUCUAUCCCUACAUGGCAAACGGUUCGUUACAGGAUAGACUCCAGGGUGAGGGCGGCUCAGACCCCCUGCCCUGGCCCCAGCGUGUCAGCAUCUGCUCGGGGCUGCUUCAAGCUGUGGAGCACCUGCAUGGCCUAGACAUCAUCCACAGCAACAUCAAGAGCUCCAACGUUUUGCUAGACCAAAACUUCACUCCCAAGCUGGCACAUCCAAUGGCUCACCUGUGUCCUGUCAAGAAAAGGUCAAAAUAUACCAUGAUGAAAACUCACCUUUUCCAGGCUUCAGCUGCAUAUCUGCCAGAAGAUUUCAUCAGGGUGGGGCAGCUGACAAAAAGAACAAAUGUGUUUGGUUUUGGUUUGGUGUUAGCCGAGGUGCUCACUGGCAUCCCUGCGAUGGACAAUGACCGAAGCCCUGUUUACCUGAAAGAUUUACUCCUCAGCGAGAUUCCGAGUAGCAUCACCUCAGUCUGCUCCAGGAAGAUGGAUGUGGAGAAGGUGAUGGCAAAGGAGAUCUGCCACAAGUACCUGGAGAAGCGUGCAGGGAGGCUGCCUGAGGACUGCACCGAGGCCCUGGCUGCUGCUGUCUGCCUCUGCUUGCGGAGGCGCAACACCAGCCUGGCUGAGGUGUAUGGCUCUGUGGCUGCUGUGGAGGAGCGGCUCAGAGGUCAGGAGAUAUCAUUCCCGUGGAGUGCACUUUCCGAGGGCACAAGCACCUCUAAUGCCCCAGAAGAAACUGAUGAUGUGGAUAAUUCUAGCCUCAAUGCCACCUCCUCCAUGAGAGUGGCAUCUUCGGUGGUGGCUGCUUCCUCACCUCUUCCAACAGAGAAUGGAGAAGGAAGGCCAUGGGCCAGUGGGGAAAUGGAGGCCGACUCCCCCUCUGAGGCCUGUGCCAGCCCAGCACCCCCACAGGAUGCUACAGAGACUUCGUGGAAAAUCGAGAUCAAUGAGGCCAAAAGGAGGCUGAUGGAAAACAUCCUGCUUUACAAAGAGGAGAAACUGGACAGCAUUGAACUUUUUGGUGCCUGA